CGCGAAAAAGGAUACCAACUAAACAAGAAAACUAAUAAUAAUAAGAAGAAGAUAGAAGAUAACCUCACUUUUAAAAAUUCUUCAAUACUUUUAGAUUCAUAAUCUAAACUUUGUGUAUGUAUUGAGCCCUCAAAGUGAGUUCGAAGAAAGUAAACGUGUAAAUGACAUUUAUAUAGUACAAUGUGGCAUUUAAAAGUAGUUUCAACUAUCAGUUUUCACUAAUUCACCAUCAUAUUAAUUAAUAAUAAUAUAUUCCUUGAAAUAGGUGUAGUUAAAUAUUAAUAAAUAAAUUUUAAAAUUUUUUAGUGAUAUGAUAGUUAGUGUGUAAUAAAAAAUGAAGUUUGUAGCUAUUAUUUUCAUCACUUUACAAUUUUUAAACAUAUGUAAAGUUUCUGUCGCUUGGGACGAUGAUGAAUUAGAAGUUUUUGAUGUAGUCGAGGAAGUUAAUCAAAAUUUCUACCAACUUCUCGGCUUAACGCAGGAUGCCAAUGCGACGAGUAUCAGAAAAGCCUUUCGGCAAUUAUCACUACAACUGCAUCCUGAUAAAAAUGAUGCGCCUGAUGCUGAUGUUAAGUUUAGAAAUUUAGUCUCUGUGUACGAUGUUUUAAGAGAUACAAAUAAAAGGAAACAUUAUGACAAUGUUCUUGUCAAUGGACUGCCAAAUUGGCGGUCAGCUGUUUAUUAUUAUCGUCAUGUUAGAAAAAUGGGAUUAUUGGAAAUGAGUGUUAUAUUAUUUAUCGUUAUAACAAUUGGUCAAUAUAUUGUAGCAUGGGCUGCUUAUUUUGAAAAACGAUAUACUUAUGAACAAGUACUAGGUAGCAAAUUACAAAAAUUACAAAAGAAAAAUCGUAAAGGCAAAAUGGAAGUACCAGACUUGGCAGAUAUCCUUGAAAAAAUUCCUACGCCUAGUGUAUGGAACACCUUGCCGUUCCAAUUACCAUGUUGGACUUUCGCGUCAAUCGUAGGGAUUCCAUCAACGAUACGAGCAAUUAAAGAAAUGAUUGAAGAGCGCAAGAGACGAAAAUUAGAAGAGGAAGCUGCAUUAGCUGAAGAAAAUGAACAAGUAGAACCGGAACCUGUGCCAAGAGGUCCAAGGCGACGUCGCGCUGGUUUCACACCACAAGAACAAAGUGGUAACAAUUCUAAUGAAUUAAAAAAAAAGGAUAACAUUCGGGCUAAUCACGUUUAUGAGAAGCCUAAGUAUACGGGAGGUCUCUGGACCGAUGAUGAUAUACUAGAGCUGAUAAAGUUAGUCAAAAAAUAUCCCGGAGGUACGCCUGAUCGAUGGGAAAAAAUAGCUGAGACUAUGAACCGCAGUGUCAGUGAAGUAACGCAUAUGGCUAAAAAAAUAAAAGAUGAGGGUUUGAAACCCAAUCAGGCUGCUGAAGAACCUUCGGUGGUUCAACAGCCGAAGAAAGUUAAAACCAGAGCUGAAAAUCCAGAAAGUGAUGUCAUUUGGAGUCAAGAGGAACAGAAAGCUUUGGAAGCUGCUUUGUUGAAGUAUCCUAAAAGCUCUUCUGUUGAUAGGUGGGAAAAAAUAGCCAAUUAUAUUGAAGGAAAAACGAAAGAGGAAUGCCAGCAACGGUAUCGUCAACUGGUCGAUUUAGUAAAAAAGAAAAACGAAACAACCCAAUAGCUUGCCAAAUAUUUUUAUAUGAACAAAAUUACUUAAAAAUUUUUUGACGUAUAAAUAUUAUCAAUAUUUUAUUAUUAAAAUUUUUAUUGAUGGAAUUUAAAAGGAUAUACCUGGUAGUUUGGAGGCUUAUUUUCUUCAACUAUCAACGAGUCUGACGCCAUAAUUUUUUAGUAGAUUAAAUUUAUUCUGGCAUCAGUCACAAUAUUUAAAAUCUUCCAACAUCGAUCAACACUUAACUUACGCAUAAUCUCUGUAUAUAAAAAAUUUAUUGAUUAUGAUGCAAUUUCAAUCUUGCUAGAAUAAAUAUAAAUAAUUAAUAUAUUUAUUGUAAUAAAAUCUAUAGUAUGGAAACCGAAAAAAAUUCUAAUAUAAUUUUGUUAUAAAGACUUAAUUAAGUAAAUUUAUUUAAUAAAUAACUCAUGAUAAAAACUUA